AUGAAUAUUUGGGUGGCGGCAAGUGAUGGUAGAAUAGAUUUGGUGGAAAAAUUUCUAAACAAUGACAAUGGUUUAAUAGCGAAUUCUAAAGACCCAAAUGGAUACACACCAAUACAUGCGGCUGCAGCAUAUGGCCAUGUAGAUUUAUUACGUUUGUUAUGCCAAAAGUAUAAUGGUGACAUCAACAUCCUGGAUAAUGAUGGUGAUACUCCGUUACAUCAUUGUGAAGAUGUCGAGACCGCUAAAGUGAUUAUUGAAGAACUAGGUGGGGGUUACAACUUAAAAAAUAAUGAAGGAAAAACUGCAUUAGAAGUUUUUGAAGAAGACUCAGAGUUCCCUGAUUUAAUCAUGUAUUUACGUGAGAAGUCUGGAAUUCCUCAAGAUCAAGACAGUUUGGGAAUUAACCAAGAACAGUUAGCUAUGUUCCAAGAUAGUAUACGCUAUUCUUUAGAAAAUGAACCUGUGGAUGAAAAUGACCCCGAAGCUUUAGCUCGCAGACAAAGAGUUGAACAAAUUAUGCAAGGGGAUAAUGUAGACGAAGAAUUAGAAAAAUAUGUUAGAGAAGUCAUUCGUAUUCAAAUGAUGGGAGGCCAAAAUUUUGGAACCUCUGAACAGGGCGACAGAUCCAACGAGGAACCUUCAACAAAACGUAGAAAAUAG